GAUUCAAAUUUCCGAGUCAAAGCAGUUGAUGGUUUUUGAAUGCUUUUGCAUUUGUAUUAUUUUCAACAUUUCUUUUUAACCUUCUUUCUAUGAAAUGAGCAGUCAAGCAGUUGAAUCUCCCUCCAAAAAUUACCAAUAAAAUUGCAAAAUAAAAAUUUUAUUUUAACUAAGUUCUGAAGAUUUAUCUUCCUUCCGUCCUCAUUAAAUUUCCAAUCCACCGUCACCUUUUAGUCUCUCUCUCUCUCUCUCUCUAAAAGUCCUCUAUGAUGCCUCAAGUUGAUCUUGAAACCCUAAAUGACACGAAAAUGGUCAGUGAAACAUUGGUAAAGGAAGAUUUACCAAAGAAUGAAGAGAUCCCAGACGCUGGUGAAGACUCCGUUGACGUACCGCCGGAGCCGGACUAUCCACCGGAAUCUUUCUGGCUUUCGAAGGACGCAGAGUAUGAUUGGUUCGAUCGCAACGCCGUUUACGAGCACAAAGAAUCCAUCAGAGGCAACUCAAAUUCCACCAACUUGAACCCGAGUAUCAACCCGAAUUCGAACUCAAGUUCUCAACGGAUCCCGGUUCAUGUUAAAUCCAGAGCAUCGAUUAUUGGAUUGCCCCAAACCCAGAAAACUACUUUUGUUGAUUCUAAGAGAAGGUAUUGUAAACAGACUAAUAUAAGGCUGUUUCCGAAGAGGUCAGAGUCGGUCGGGAAGACGGCCGACUCGGUGGUUGAGCCGUCAUCGCCCAAGGUUUCUUGCAUGGGAAGAGUUAGAUCAAAACGUGGGAGGAGGAGGUCAAAUUCGUUGAAAAAGAAGGAUCAUAACAAGCCGAUCCGAUCGAGGAGUCGACGAGUGGUGGUGGAGGAGACUGUAGCGGCAGUUGAGCCUCAAAGGAAAAGCGUGAGUGUAAAACUACGCGAGAUCCCGGUAAGUGAUGAACCGGUGGCUGAGCCGCCUGGUUUGGGAGGAGUAAAAAGGUUCGCGUCGGGCCGGAGGUCGGGAUCUUGGACUGCCGAGGAUUUAAAUCAGGCGAUAUUGAAGUCGCUAGAGUUAGAUCGGCGCGUGGCGCCCAUGGGUGGAAGUUGAUUACAGGGGGCGCUUAAAAGUCAUAUGUGGUAGUUGAAAUAGGAGUUGUUGGAUGAUGUGGCAAGUUGAUUAACUGUAUUCCUCGUGGAUCCGGGUGAGAACACGGACUCAAGUUUUUUUUUUUUUUUUUUUUUUUUUUUUGAGUAUGGAAUAGUGUAAUUAUGGGUAUUUUGAAGUGAGCUUGUAAAUUUAUGGUUAUCAAUAUUUUCUCAUUCAGUGUUAAA